AAAAGGAGGAAACCCUGAUUGAUAUGUAGCAUUCCUGUUCCUCUGAUUUGGCUCUUGGACUUUGAUUUCUACCUCCGCUCCCGCGAUCGGUGCUGGUUCUCCGGUCGCUUUCUUGGAUCUUCGCAGCUGUCGGCCCCGGUGUGACGUUCGCCCUUGCGUGCAUGCAGUGAUCAUCCUAUCGAAAAUUGCUCCUCUGGGGGAUGAGAGCUCUCCCGGGAAUACUAUACUAUAAUUUAUAAACCAGAGAAAUUUAAUCCGCGUCAAACGCUUGACAUCCAUAUCCCCGUCUCCGACCCGCCCGACGAUCGAACUCCGAUGGCGACCUCCGCACUCCCCGCCGGCGGAUUAAUCGAUCCUACCAAACAGGCGGAGUACCCAAUCGUAUUGGGGGACCGAUUAGCCGGGAAAACUGCCUCGUCGAAGUCACGGCUAUACAAUAUUCAAUACAACUACAAGACCAAGUCGGCGACCGCCCAGCAGCGGGCCGUGAUCACGAGGGACUCGCAGUCCCGGGACUCCUACGCCCUGAAGAUCACCGACAAAGCCCCGAAUGCGGAACAAAAUGUCUUGACAUAUUCAUACCGAGGGAGCAUCGACCCCGAGCAGGCACUUCGGGGGCGCGACGAGCACAAUCUGGUCUUGGUGUUCGAUCCCAAUCGAAAGGUGUUCGUGUUGGAGCCGGUGACGACGCAGCUCAACUUCAAUCUGCGCUCGGCCCCGGCCAAAUCCGAGAAGCAGGUGCUGGAGCAAUAUUCCCAGCUGAGAACGUUGCAGGACGAGGAUCAUGGUGUGGGCGAUGAUGGGCCCGGGGGGGAUGCCAGUGGAGACGAUGACGGGCCCGCCGACGACGACAACCCGUACGAUUACCGUCAUUUCCUUCCCAAGGGCAACGGCGAUGAUGACAAGUCGAUGUCGGACAACGCGAGCCCCGAGCCUCCGUCCGGCGCGAGUAAGGCGAAUACUCCCUUGUUGCCCGCGGUCACCAAACCCGCCCCCAGCCCCCAGUCGCGCCCGAGGAAGCCGGCCAAUAAUCCCCUGCGGCUACCGAGCAAGCCGCCCAAGGCGACCAACAAGGGCCAUACCGCUACACCGAAGGCAGCCUCUUCUCCCCGCGCGCGCGUCGAGAAGAUCGAACCUGAUCGGGCAGUGGAGAAGGUCAAACAUGCGCCCCCCCGGGAACCACCCAAGUCCACUCCCUCCGACACCGAAGCUGGGUUCGGGUCCGCGGACAAGGCGGCCCCGUCUCCGGGGUCCAACAUCAUCAUCGACGGCGAUCUGAUCAUCGACAUGGGCUCUCCGCCUCCCUCCCGACCGGUGUUCAACAUUAAUCCGGCCCACUUUUCGUCCAACAACACCCCGGCUGAAGGGGGCGAAGAAGACGACGAUGAGGAGAUUGAGGCCCUACGCCUCCCGUCACCGGCUGGACCCGGAGCACGCCCUGCCCCCGCGGGCGGCGAGGAGCCCGUCUCGACGACGCCGGCUCCCGACGAGGACGUCGAGGACGACGACGCCUUGGCCGCCGAAAUGGAAGCGGCCUUUGAAGAGAGUGCGCGGCAAGAAGAAGAGCGCAGUCAACAAUCCCAGCCGGAAGGUUCGCAUCAUUAUGUGGCUAGCGAGGAUGAGAGCGAAGUCAGUGAGGAGGAAUAACCAUAUUAAUUUUCUUUCCCCUUUUCUUACCCCCAUUUUUUCUGAUCCCUUUUCCCACAUUGGUUCUCGUUCUUGCGUGAUUGCAACGACAUGGGGGAUUUUGCCUCAAUGCAUGGCGCCAUCUGGAGUUUGGAGCGCGAAGCACAUACCUAUACGGACAUGCCGUCCGGGUUCUUUGAUAUACCACUUGUUGCGUGUACACACCAUCUUGACUAGUUAGGACCGUCUUG